GUUUGGUCUAUAGACGCAGAAAGUAGUCGCUCAUUCAAUGAUUCUGUUUGCCAUUUUCGCUUUAGUCUUGCUUCCUCGGGUUGAUUCAGCUAGUAGUCUGAAUGAAUCAAAAUCCGACGAUCGAGUAACUCAACAACAUUUUCAAAGUGACGGCUAUCACACAACUGACUCGUAUUUGCUCUUGAAUGGGACAACUCAAAUUGAUUUGGGUUUCACAUUGUGUUUUUGGUAUUCUGCAGAUUAUUGGAGAGGCGGAACCUCAUGUUUGGUUUCCAUUAUAAAGGACGAAUGGUGGGAUCUCUUUGGGAUAAAUUUAAUCAAUAACCAAACUUUCAAUGGAAAUGUGAGAUUGGACGCCGUGAUUGAUAACGAUAGAAGUGGACACCUUCUCGAAGAGAUGCCCCAAUUUCAAUUGCGUCAAUGGUAUUCUUGGUGUGGUGUCAAUCGGAGGAAACCAGAUGGAAACUUUAGUUUCACCUCCUAUUCCAAUGGAAAUGUUGCCACAUAACACCCGGGCGUUGCCAUUCCUGAGGGGUCAAUCAUUGUCUUGGGUCAAGAGCAAGAUUCUCCUGGCGGAAGCUUUGAGCUGGAACAGAGCUUUGCCGGAAGAAUGGCAAUGGUCCAAUUUUGGCCCGGAACCAGCCUGACCUUCGAGGAAGUCCAGCAGUAUCAAAAGUGCGAACCGAUCCAAGCCGCAAAUACCGCCCCAUUGCCCAUUCCUGUGGACCAAUGGGUAUCGAAGAAUGUGGAGCACAGCUUUAUACGUCAGAGUGAAUUUUGCCAACCCAAUCGGUGGAUAACUCAAGUCUUACUUCCGGAGCAAGUCCUCUUCAAUAGCGCUCGUUCCGUGUGCCAAUCUAUUGGAACAGACAUCACCACAAUCAACUCAACGCUAGAAGAAUAUGAUCAACGAGUUACUGCCUUGUUCACAGAUCUGUGUCGGGAAAAUGUGUCGAGAAACUGUGGCGGACCAAUGAACCAACCUCUAAAUCCUGCCUUCACAUGGGUCCUCAAAAAUACGACCACCGGGGAAUGCGACAGACUUUAUGGAUCCAAAAAGUUCUCAGCCCGAGGUUGUGAGAACUCCCUUGGGCCCGCCACCUUGUGUGCUACCCUCGUCCCUGAGCGCAAUGAAAUCUAUUUAAAAGGUUUAUGCCAGGAGGCCAUUUUUCGAGCCUUUGAUUUCUCUUAUCAUGUGUAUAAAUUUGGAAUCAAAGGCCGAAUGCGGUUCCAUGGCAUCAAGAAGAGUCGGAUUGAGUACUUGGAGAUGGUCAAAGAAAACUCGAUUCAGCGGGAGUGGCGAAUUCAAAGUAUGAUCUUUCCGGAGGAGUUUUUCUCCCUCAAAAGUUCGGAUUAUCAGUUCCCAUUUGGUCGUCGAAUAUGGACUGUGGGUGGGGCACACAUUUGCUCCCUGGCCACUGGAUCCAAUAUCACGUUGACUUUUGCCCGAUGUAAUAGUAGCCAAUUCACGUGCGACGAUGGCAGAUGCAUAGAAUUGGCUCAAAAAUGUGAUGGAACAACAGAUUGCCGGGACAAGAGCGACGAGUUGAAUUGUAAAAUCAUUCAACCCGACGACACAUACAUCAAGCAGAUUGUUCCGGUCUCAUCUGGGGGUCAAACUCAGAUUCAAAUCCAAGUGUCAAUUCACUCCAUUCGAAACGUGGAACCAAUGGAAUCAAAGAUUACGUUCCAUUUUUCGGCUGCCUUCACUUGGAGCGAUUCCAGAUUGAAACUAGCAGAUUUGAGUGAAGAAGAGAGCAGGAACGUGCUGAGUCAAAUAGAUUUGGCUACGAUCUGGAUUCCACAAAUCAUCUUAGCCAACACCCUGAGUCCCAUUCAACAGAAGCGCCUUGAAACAGACAUUGGAUUUGCUAAGGCCCUAAACCCCGGAAAAUGGACCGAAAUAACUGAAGCCACUGAGGCGAUUCUUUUUGAGGGUGAAUCGUCCACAAUCAGCCUUAAAAGAGACGAUCUGCAAGAGUUCCAGUGCAAUUUUGAUCUACAAUACUAUCCUUUCGACACCCAAACGUGCCAUAUAAUUUUUCAAACGACAGAGAAGCAAUAUACCUCACUUUCUCUUCGGGCAAGCGACGUAUUACAAGUAUCAGAUGGCAUCAACUUAACUGAGUACGACAUCAUACGUUACAACAUUGAGGAGUCCAUCUCGAAUGCGAAUUUUAGCAGGGCUAUCGCAAAUGUCACCCUGCGCAGAAAAAUGGCCUACCACGUGUUCAACACGUUUUUCCAAACCCUGCUUCUUAUUUUCGUUGGAUAUCUGUCUUUCUUCUUCAAAGUGGACAACUUUUCAGACCGAAUUAUGGUCACCCUGACUACCAUGCUCGUUGUGGCAACAAUUAUGGUGGCCAUUCAAAGUGAUCUGCCCAAAACAUCUUAUUACAAAAUGAUCGAUUAUUGGCUCAUUUUCUGCCUCAUCAUUCUGAUCAUUACAUUCGCUAUACACACGGCUAUUGGAUAGAGAUUGGACAAGCCCAAUAACAGUGCAAGGGGUUCACCUCCAGCGUUCGAAGUGGCUUUCCAAAUGAACCGUGUGGGACGAGUCUUCGUCUUGGCCGUUAUUGUUAUUUUCAAUCUAGGGUUUUGGAUCCUAGCCUUUAAUGAAUAUGUCCAGGGGUAAACACGAGCUUAACUUACAUGUUGAG